UGUUUAUCAAUCACAUGUUCAUGUCACUCCCACUCCCAAUAACAAAUAAAAAAUAAAGUUCAAAUUUCAGUCAAUAAAAAUUGAUAUAAAUUUGUUAAAAAUUAACCAUUUAAUUAAAGUUAAUGCCCAAAAAGGACCCGUGUAAACCGUUCGCUUGCAACAUCCAAGCCUGUCUUAAAGAACACAACUACCAAGAACCGGCCUGUCAGCAUGUCAUAGAAGAAAUGCGCGAAUGUUGCAGAAGGUGGAAAGACAAAAGUUACGUUUGUAACGGUAUCGAUACCUCAAAACCGGAGAAAUGAACUCGAAACCAAAAAACUAUUACGAGUAUAGAAAACCAGGCCCCGUGCAACCUAGACAAACCAAAUAUUUCACCUCCAUCGUCACUGUUUUCGCUUUGGGAUUACUGUUUUCAAAGGUCAUUUACGAUACUGUUUUUAUGCCCAGACCCAACAUCGAUCCUACAAAACUAGUGUCCGAAUACCAAAAGAAAAAACAACAAGAACAGCAAAAAUAAAAAUGGAAUCUGUUUCAAAGGCGAGGCAAAGAUUCAGACAAUAUCCGACAAUUUUUGCCAAGUGCACCAAAGAAGCGGGCGCGUAUGCGACUUGCGUACUUAAACAAGACAAUUUAAAUAAAAAUGAUUGCGCCAAAGAGUUUGAAGGGUUUAAGGCUUGCUUGCAAAAAGCCGCUGUUAGUUUAAACACUAGAAUUUAAACCAUAGUAAAAAUGUAUUUCAAAAUUAUUAUCAAAAAUUUUUUAGAAGCCGAUAUGGUUACCCAUAUAAUUAUUUCAUCAAUAAUCAGACUCCUGCUUAUUGCCUAUGGAGUGUUUCACGAUAACAACUACGAAGUUCCUUAUACAGAUGUUGAUUAUAAAGUUUUCACUGAUGCUGCAAGGCAUGUGGUUAACGGAAACUCCCCUUAUGAAAGGCACACUUUCCGUUACUCCCCUUUAAUAGCCAUUUUACUUACACCCAACAUCUUUUUCAAUCAGUUGUUUGGCAAAAUAAUCUUUUGCGAAGUCGAUUUGAUUGUGGCUUAUUUCAUAAGGCGUUUGGUUUAUGUUAACAUCAUUGAUUGGAUGACUAAGUAUGAGAGUUUUAUGUCAAAACGGGCCCCACUUGUUAAUUGUAUCGAGCCUAAAACAAACAAGAAAAAUUCUAAAAGGAAAUUACCAAAAUGUAAUGCCAAAGUUGUGACUGCUAUUUAUUGGGCUCACAGAGCUAUGCUUGUUUGGCUCUAUAAUCCUAUGACUAUUGCGAUUAGUACUAGAGGCAACUCUGACUCUAUUUCUUGUUUUUUGGUUAUUUUAACUUUGUAUUGUAUACAGACCAAUUGGAAACCAUUUGUAGUAGGCUUAUUGCACGGUUUUGCAAUACAUUUUCGGAUUUAUCCAAUUAUUUAUAGCUUGCUUUAUUAUAUGCAUUAUAGUAGUUUUGCUUAUUAUUUUGACAAUGGUAGUAGUGGUAUUAAACCUAGCAAAAAAUCACAUAAAAAUAAACAAAUAAUAAUUGCAAAUAAAUCCAAAGAAUUAUUUGGGUUUAAAUUUUUGUGGUACUUGUGGCCUAAUUACAAUCAAAUAAUGUUAGUUCUAGGUACUUUAAGUACCCUCUUGAGCUUAACUGUAUUUUUCUAUUAUUUAUACGGCUACAAAUUUUUAUAUGAGUCACUCAUCUAUCAUUUUGUCAGGGUGGACUUUAGACAUAACUUUUCUUUGUAUUUCUAUUUACAAUAUUUAGUAGCCUUUAUAAAAUUAUCAGUUUGGUACACUGGCAACCUUUGGCAACCAAUCCUAAUCAAUCUACCCCCAAUAGUGUUACUAUUAAACUUCUCAAUCCGUUACGGCCUUAAUAAGUUCUCACUAAACUUUGCUGUCCUCAUUCAAACAAUAGUUUUUGUUAUUUACAACAAAGUAAUCACUUCUCAAUACUUUGUAUGGAUAAUGGGUAUAUUGCCUUUGUGCAUAUGGCAAAUUAAAUUAUCCAAAAUUGCAAUAAUAUCUAUGGUUGUCAUUUGGUUUCUAGCUCAAGCUGCUUGGUUGCUACCGGCUUAUCUUUUGGAGUUCAAAGGGGAAGAUACUUUUUUCCACAUUUGGAUUCAGGGGGUGUCUUUGUUUUGCGCCCACAUCGGCAUUUUGGGGCGAUUGAUUAAAAAUUUCAUUAUGCCCAAAGGGGUGUUGAGAAGUUUCGAGAAUAGAGCUCCAAGCGAUAAGUUUUAUGAAUAAUGUCAAUAGUAUUAGGUAUUAUUAUUGGCUCACAGGAAAUUGUAGAGUGAUUGUGAUUUUGUAAUAAAAUUAACUAGAUGAA